AUGACCAAGAACAAAUGCCUUCAAUGCAGCCGAUCCCAACGUCAACUACAGGGAUAUUGCCUCCAUCUAGCGGCCCAUAUGUUUCACAGAAAAGUAAUGCUUCUGCGGACACAGGAAUGAUGGAUGGCAUGGUGAAAUUUGUGAAACAAUUAGAGGAGCAGAAGAAACUAUUAAUUUGUGGUUUGCAAUCGGUAACUUCAGCAAAAUUAUGGUUUGAAAAGAGCUUAGAUUUUGUUAACGAAAAACAAAACCAAAUGAACGUAAGAACCACAGAAGAUGGGGAUUCAGGGAUAAAAAGAUCAACUUCAUCUGAAAAUAUUUGCAGUAAAGGGGGCCCUCUCGAUAACCUCACAGUUGACAGCAUAAACGAAAUGGAAAAGAGGAUGACAUCGCUGAUCGACACCUCAAUAAAAUUAGAAAAUUUUUUAAAAUCUUCAAAAAUUUGGGAAAAACCGAAAGUUGACCAUAAAUCAAUACAAACAAAUAACUUUACAGAAGAUACUCAGAAAUGUAUCGAAACCAAGAAGAAAAACGACAAGGAUUCUUCAAUUAAUGGUUCUAAUCAGUUGCCCAAGAAGGUAAUAGCAGAAGAACUUCCAUCACCGUCUUUCACUGAUGACGACUUGACAAAAAAUGAACCAGAAAAUACUGAUCUUGCGGAAAAUAGCAAGAAAAUAGAGCAAUUCACUGAGAGCACCUUGAAAAAAGAGAACAAUGGAGGAAAUAUCAUACCACCCCAGCUUGUGGAGGUUAGCAAGAAAAUAUUAGAAUCUCAUGAUAGCACAUCAGAAAAUGAGAAAAUUGUUCACGUACAGAAAGAGGAUAAAGGAGAAACCAUUUACAAAGAACCAAAUGAUGUAGAGUACAAGAAGGAUCAAAAAUCGGACAAUAAAGACUACGAGGAAGAAUACGAAGACGAUUUUGAGAGCGAUGAUUCCAGUAAGUCAUCGAAUGAGUCUUCAAACGGCGGUGACAAUGAAUCUGUUGCAACGGAUGCUGGAAUUGAGAAGUUGGAAAAUACCUCAACAAAUGACAUUUCUAAAAAAUCUUGUCUCGCCCCUGUACCUUCGACUGGUCAAAGCAACAAGGAGAAAAGGACUGUAUGCUUUCGCACAACAUUAGAAGAUUUUUGCUAUUUUGAUAAAGAUGAUUCUCCUUCGGAAACCUGUAAAGGGUACUACGUAGGUUGAUUUUGGUAUUCAUUAUAACAUGUUUAUACAAGGAAAAUAUGGGCGAAGAU